AUGAACCUGAACUCAUAUUUAUGGAAAAAUUUAGACCUCUGUGGUUAUAGAGUAGAACCAAAGGAUUUACGCCUUUUUUCAAGACAGAAAUUAGUUGGACGGCAAACAUGUAGUACAAAAAUUGAAUUUGAUCCAAGAUCUAAAAAUAUUGAAUCCGGAUUGACUUCAUUAUUUAAAAUCUGUGGCAGUCUUACUCAUAUUUCAAUUCAAGGUGGAGGUAUUCAAGAUUUUCAAAAUUUUAUCAGAUUGUUCUCCGAUUAUUUGGAAAAGCUUGAAUUAAUUGAAACAGUUGCUAAAAAUAGGUUGAUUAACCCUCAAUCUUCAUCCAGUAUCCCGCGGUUUUCACUUAGAUAUCUCAACUUAACCGAUAGUAGUUGGAUUCAUGAGGCACAUUUAUUGGCGUUGAUUGGUAUAACUCCUUCAGAAAAUCUUAAACAUCUAAAUGUAUCCAAGUGUUAUCGUUUAUUUCUUGGUCCACCGGCAUCUUGUCCACUUGAUGUACGAUUUGAAAAAAUGUCAACUUUUUUUAAACAAGCGUGUCCAUAUCUUGAAAAAUUGAAUUUAUCUUCAAUUUUCAUAUCUCGUACUUCUCAAUUGCAUGUACCACCAGGAAUACAGACAAAAUUACUGCAAAUAAUACCUGAAACUCUUCCUUACCUUCAUACAUUGAAUUUAUCGGGAAAUACAAUGAUUACUUCCUUCUUAUUAAAUCUACAUCAAAAUGGUGAAUUGAGUUCAGUAUUCCAGUGCUUUAUUAGCGCAUUUUUUAACAAAAUUCACAAAUACCAACUAAUUUUGUAUAUAUAUGAUUGGUCACAUGAAUUGACAAUGAGUUUAUUCUCAGCGUGUAGUCUUGUUGUACCUAACGGAAGUAGAGUAUCAUUACACGUUAAUAAUGUUCCAGUGUAUACGGAAAAAAGUGUCAAAUGUGAAAUUAUACCACACACAAUUGCUUUAGUUUCGUAA